AUGGCACCACAAGCUGGCCCUUCAAGGUCGCAUAAAGGGCCGAAGAAAAGCGGCAAAUCAAAACCUUCUGUGCGCUCUUCAAAAGUGAAGAAAGUCUCGGAGAAGCAGCAAAUAGAGGCACUGGAACGAGCAGUGGAACAAUUCAAUGUGAAUGAUGAUCUCAAUGCAUUCGCCGACUUGCCUAUAUCAGAUUUGACAAAGAGAGGUCUGAAGAAAGCCUUUUUUGUCGAUAUGACCGAGAUCCAGGCCAAAAGUCUCCCUGUAUCACUGAAGGGAAAAGAUGUGUUAGGUGCCGCAAGGACUGGCAGCGGCAAAACCCUCGCUUUCCUCAUACCCGUUCUGGAGAUCCUGUACAGGAGAAAAUGGGGCCCGCAAGAUGGUUUGGGUGCUUUGGUUAUCUCACCUACACGCGAAUUGGCUGUCCAAAUUUUUGAGGUCCUGCGGUCAAUUGGCGGAUACCAUAGCUUCUCCGCCGGUCUUGUCAUUGGAGGCAAAAAUCUCAAAGACGAACGAGAUCGCUUAUCACGUAUGAAUAUCCUGGUAGCGACACCAGGGCGGUUACUUCAGCACAUGGACCAGACCAUCGGCUUCGAAAGCGACAAUCUUCAGCUGCUUGUUCUUGAUGAAGCCGAUAGAAUUCUGGACAUGGGCUUCUCUCGGACAUUGUCUGCUCUCCUUUCUCAUCUUCCGAAAUCACGCCAAACACUCCUGUUCUCCGCAACACAAACACAAACCGUCGCUGAUCUCGCCCGCCUCUCCCUCAAAGAUCCCGUUUACAUCAAUGCCCAAGCUGAUUCAUCUCAGGAUGCCGAGCAUGAAAGUCACCUCGCUAUACCAAAAGGUCUUGAGCAACACUAUGUUGUGACCACGCUCGAGAAGAAACUGGACGUCUUAUGGAGCUUCAUCAAGACUCACCUCCAACACAAAAUACUUGUGUUCAUGUCGAGUUCGAAGCAAGUUCGGUUCGUGUUCGAGACGUUCAAAAGGAUGCAUCCUGGCGUGCCGCUUCUGCACCUGUACGGGAAGCAAAAGCAGAUGACGCGGCUGCAAACGUUCAAUCGGUUCACAACCAUGCAGCAUGCAGUUCUGUUUGCAACGGAUAUCGCUGCGCGUGGGCUGGACUUUCCUUCGAUCAAUUGGGUUGUCCAAGUAGACGCGCCAGAAGAUGCUGAGACCUACGUGCAUCGAGUCGGACGCACUGCCAGGUACCAGAGCAAUGGCAAGGGUCUAUUGCUUUUGCUACCAAGUGAGGAAGAAGGCAUGACAGCGGCGCUGAAGAACAAGGGAGUUGAUGUUGCUAAAAUCAAGAUUCGCGGGAGUAAGACUCAGAGUAUUGAGAACCAGUUGCAGAGUCUCGCAUUCCAGGAUCCAGACAUCAAGUACCUUGGACAAAGAGCGUUUGUGUCGUACUUGCGCUCUAUUCAUCUACAAAAGGAUAAGUCAAUAUUCAAGGUCUCCGAGCUUCCGGCGGAUGAAUUCGCAGCUUCGCUCGGCCUUCCUGGUACGCCGAAGAUCAAGUUCUUGAGCAAAGAGAAGGCGAAAGAAAAAAAGAAUGCUUCGCGUGUAGCAGCUGCGUUGCAGGCAGAGAUUAGCAAAGAGCGGGGAAUACCCGCUGCAGACGAAGAAGAUAGCGAAGAGAGUGAGGAAGAGUCAAGUGAAGCGGAGGGAGAUGAUGAACCUGUUGAUGCGGACGAAGAUAUACCGCCUUCAGCCGAGCUCAAACAGGAACAAAAGUCCAACAGCGUCCGCACGAAGUACGACCGCAUGUUCCAACGUAAAAAUCAAAAUAUCCUGUCCGAGCAUUACAACAAGCUCGUUGAUCAUUCUUUGGAUGGGACUGCGGGAGAUGGCGGUGAUGACGACUUUAUCAUUCUCAAGCGGGCAGAUCAUGACCUCCCAGGAGAUGAUGGGCAGCCUGCAUCCAGCCACUUGUCGAAGCGUAAAUUGAAGAUGGGUGAAAGCAAGCGCGCUAUGCUCAAGUUCAAAGGCGUGCCGACGCGUAUAGUGUUCGACGACGAAGGUCAAGGACAUGAAAUUUACGAGAUGAAGGAUGUCGAUGAGGUGUUUGGAGAUGCGGGCGAAGGGGAUGUGCUAGAGGCCGGACGGAAAUUUGUUGAGGGAGAAAGAGGGAAGAUGAAGGAGGCGGAUGUGAAAGACAAGGAGGAAGCCAAGGACAAAAAGAAGGAAAAAAAGCGCAAAAGAAAGGAGCGGGAGCGUGAGAACAACCCUGAGAAUCAGGAUAGAGAAGGUCCCGCUCUUGCGCCGUUGGACGAGGAUGACGGUUAUGUUUCCCCCGCCUUCGAGCUUUCUCCAAAUUCAGAUGACGAUGGAUCAGAGAUGGUGCCUCCACCGGCCAAGCGUAAUAAACACAACAAACCCUCAAUAUCUGAAAAACCAUUGCCUUCUACGUUAGAUGAAGAAGAAGAGCUAGCGCUACAGAUGUUACGCAGAGGACGGUAGGCUCCAUCAUGGUGAGUGAGCAUUGUUCAGCACCGCAAUUGUCAAUGAUGGUUCGAGACGAUAGUGCCGCACGUUUGCAUACGUUCUGUGACCAAGCUACCUCUGAAGUCUGACAUUGUUAUCGCUUGAGUGCACGUAGUCAACGAGUGGAAUCUGGUAUAAUCGAUUUGAUUGAAUCGACAAGUUAUGAUAUGCG